AUGCCAUCAUCCCUUGUCAAUCUCCUUGUCUCCACCCUGUCUGACCUUAUCACUGUGUCCCUCGAGCAUCCCGCCGAGUUGGAGGACUUCAUGACCUGGGGUCAAAACUUUGCCCAUACCCUAGCCAGACUAGAGGCGAUUCCCUUAUUUGAGCCUUCCCCACAGCUUGCAAUCUGGCUUAAUAGUGCUAAGGACACCCUCGAGACCUACAUGACUAAUGACUGGUUAGCGUGGGGGACACAAAUCCUGCAGACACAUGUGAUGUGUCAUGACAAGCGCAUCCAGGCUGAGGUCACCGCCGCCACUACUGCUCAGGCUGAGGUCACUUGUGUUGCUGAGGUGGAAGCUCACCAGUUGGCCGAUGAAGAGCGCAUUGUGCGUGGAGUCACUGAAGAGGCGCGUUGGAAGGCUUGUGAUUGGGAGAUCAUGGGCUUGUACGUGCGUGGUUUCAUCUUGCGAGAAGAGAGUGAGCAUCAUCUGGCCAAGCUGCUGGAGACGGAGGCAGGACCUAGCAUGGCAUCAACCACGGCACUGUCCAUACAAGAGGAGAGUCUUGUGCCAUCCAGGACUGGGCUCUUCCUUCCCGAUGGCGAGGAGGAGGUGGUGGAGCUGGAUUGGAAAGGGAAGCAGCGCGAGGUCGUGGAUGAAGAGCGGAAGGGCAAGCAUUGCGCCCUGCCUAUAUGGAUGUCUGUGAAGUCUCUGGUACAGUUGAAGGCCGAGGCUGAUAGGGAAGCAGAGGAGUGUGCUGCAAAACUUGCCUCCCAGCGCGCAGCAGUGGACCGCAACAUCGAAAUCCUUCGUUGGCAGAUGGCUUGGACUGAGAGUGAGGUCCGCUAUUUGUUGUCCGAGCAUGAGGUGCGCGGAACUGAGCUCGCCAAGCUGGAGCGUGCUUGCACAUUAUUGCCGGAGGGGUCAGAGGAUGAGGAUGAGGAUGGCGAGGGUAGUGUGGAUAAUAUCUGUGAUAAAAUCGGGAAGAAACACUUGAGUAAAGUCUCACUAGAUUCUAAAGGUUAUUUGGGAUCUGUUGUAGAGGUCUCGAUGCUGGUCCUUCUCUUCCCUACUAAAAUCUGGGCUGUCCUCAGUCACAUUGCCCAGCGUGAGAAGGGAGGUCAUUGUGCAGAGAUGUCAAGGAGUGUGUCGAGGUUAGAUGAGGACGAGGUCUCUGAGAUCGAAAUGAAAUGCUCGAAUUGUUACUUGGUGGUCGGUCUCGAAUCAGAUAGUGGCUUUAACUCGUGCUGCAAUGACUGCAGUGCGGAGGCAAGCGAGGUUAGAGCAAUGCUUUUGGAGUGCGAUUGCUCAGCAGGCGAUGAGGAAUUAUUAGGAUUCAUUAUAACUUGA